AUGCCUGAUGAGAAGCCAGACAUCACGGUGUGCGACGAAUGCGGUCGCCAGUACACGAGCCGUCCCGCCUACCUCCGUCACCGCAAAACUCACGAUCCAAGCAAAUGGUAUCAGUGCCCAGUAUGCCGGCUCAAAUUCCCCCGCAUGGAUGUUUUGAAUCGACAUCAGAAGCUCCACGGUGACGACGGUGCCAUCACUGCUCGGGAUCGGAGGAAGAGAGCCGUGCGCGCAUGCGACGAAUGCAAGAAGAGCAAGACACGCUGCGAUGCGGCUCGCCCAUGCUCUGCAUGCCGCAUGACAGACAAGAAGUGCUCGUUCUUGGUCAAGGCGACACGGCCCAGUGUCCGGGCGAUGCAGACAACGGAGACGUCCAAUGACAUGCCUCUCUCUGGUCCAAUGCCGGAGAGCCGUCCCGCCCAGACAUUCUCUGCGGAGGUAGUAAUCGAUCACAGGAGCAACCCGCUUAUCGAUAAUAUUGUCGAUCCUCUUCCUAUUGAUGCGUUCGAGUUCAACGUGAUGGGUUCGGAUGUGAAAGGGCAAUGGAGCCAAACGCAAACUCAUCUCUUACAUACAUUCGUCAAGUCAUUCUUCGAUAAUUUCCACCCUCUGUGGCCUAUCACCUGGCUCCAAGGCUUCGAAUAUGAUGAUGUGGAGCCCCUCCUCUAUCUGGUAAUGGGUUCCAUUGGUGCUAUGUACAUGGAAUCUCCGAAGGCCAAGCGAUACGGCCUGGAAAUGCACCUUGCUUUACGACCAAAAUUAAUAGCCGCAUGUCUCUCGUGCCCCCCGGAUGAAGCAAAGUCUGACGCGAUCUUCGAGGCGGUCUUGCUCAUGGAAAUCAUGUCACUCUACCUGGGAUCUCAUGAGGCUCUGAAGUAUACGCGAGAGGCUGGUGCCGCCCUGGUGACCCACGCUCGACGAGUUAGGUUAUUCGAGGAGAGUGAAUCAUCGCCACUACCCGCCGGGGUAUUGUUCGACAACUAUGGGAAACAGGCUGAUAACCGGCUUCGCGAAUGGAUCAAGCUGGAGAAGCGACGCCGCUUGGUAUUUGGGUUCUUUCGGUGCGAGAUCUUCUCUGGCGUUCUUUGGAAUACGAAACCGCUGGUAUCCUUUGAUGAGCUUAAACUGUCACUUCCAUGCAAGCAAGACCUUUGGACAUAUGUUGGGCCUGCUUGGCGGGAAAAGAUUCUAACGGCCAGUCAGGGGAUAGGGAGUCCCAACAUGGUUUAUUCAGAUCUUGUUCGAUUGGUGGCAGACGGGGCGUCUGGCAGCAAUGCGCUCGCUCUUACAUCUCCUUCCGUGCACGACCUUGUAUUGUACGGCAUACAGAACUGGCUUCUCGGUAUAUGCCAAGCGAUGCAGUAUGCCCAUUCAAAAAAAGAAGAGCAAGAUAACUUCAAGCUCCUGCAGCAGGGAAGCGACAUCUUGCCUGUUCAAUAUUCCAAGAUCUCCGGCACCCUUGAGCGAUGGAACGUCUCCCAAGAAGAAUUUCUCCGAUCCUUUACACUUGACCCAUUACUGUACCACCUCUGGCACGUCCAAGUGAAUGCCAACCUCGACGCCCUACAUAACCUUUCAUCAUCGGAUCUAUACAUCUCCGGUCAGUCUUAUCUGAACAUGGAUCUUGGCGCCAUUGCCUUAUGGGCCACGACGGAGUCAGCGCACGUUGCGCUAUACCAUGCCUGUCGAAUAUGGUGUCUUCUCGACGACGAAAUAUACAAGAUGCGAACGAACAAAACACACGUGCAGAAGCCGUCAUUUAACAUUCUGUCUAUAAUAUCGAUCUACCACGCUGGCGUGGUCAUUUGGGCAAUGGCCCAUCUCAACCCUUUUGUGCACGUUGACUUCCAGCGAGGGUGGGGUCGACCGCCAUUCCGUCUGUCCCAGGAUAAUAUCCACCAGUGGGUGGGCGAGUGUGCAUCAAUUGCUGGACAGUUGAGUCCCUCGUGGGCGCCUGUUUCCGCCUGCAUUAUCGAAACGCAGCGAUUGCCUCAUACAACUCUCCCAUUACAAUACCCUGUCUUCUAA